AAGACUGAAGGGGAGGAGCCGGUACACCUGUGCAAGACUGAAGGGGAGGAGCCGGUACACCUGUGCAAGACUGGAGGGGAGGAGCCGGUACACCUGUGCAAGACUGAAGGGGAGGAGCAGGUACACCUGUGCAAGACUGAAGGGGAGGAGCCGGUACACCUGUGCAAGACUGAAGGGGAGGAGCCGGUACACCUGUGCAAGACUGAAGGGGAGGAGCCGGUACACCUGUGCAAGACUGAAGGGGAGGAGCCGGUACACCUGUACAAGACUGAAGGGGAGGAGCCGGUACACCUGUACAAGACUGAAGGGGAGGAGCCGGUACACCUGUACAUGACUGAAGGGGAGGAGCCGGUACACCUGUACAUGACUUAAGGGGAGG